AUGUCUUUCCUCGGAGGUUCAUCACCCGCUGCAGGCGCCAGCCAGACUCAGGCCAUCAAGCAACAAGUCGCACAAGAAGCCGCCGUCGCAAACGCAAGACAGCUUGUCGAGGUACAAAGAAUCCAGCUUUUCCACACCUCGCCCACACGCGCUGACCCUCGGCGCAUUAGNAAACUCAACGAACACUGCUUCGAGCGCUGCAUCCCCAAGCCCGGCUCCUCUUUGUCCUCGGGCGAAUCCACCUGCUACUCGCAGUGCAUGGAAAAGUACAUGUCGGCCUGGAACGUCGUCUCCAAGCAAUACAUCAACCGCAUACAGAGAGAGGCCGGUUCCGGUGGCAUCAUGAUGUAA